UACAAGGCCCAGCAGCAGAUAUCCGCACUGGUCACCAAGCGAGGCAAGUCACUGCAGUCAACACUCCAGAAGUAUAACACCCUGGUUGCCACAAUGAAUCCCCCAAAGCCAUCGCUUACCUGGACUCAAGUUACUGACCUCAACUUCCUCUCCAACAUCGUCAUUUUAUGGGGCCGUGAAGACAUGCAGGAGAAACCGUGGUUUAAGCAUCAUUUUCGUGAUGCAAUGCAUGCCUGGUACAAACUUCAACGUCCUCGUGAGGAGAUUGAGAUCAUUGGGCUGGAAGCUCAUCGGAUAUGGGCUUCCAUACACCAGGAGGAAGCUCACCUGGAUCAGGUCAUCAAGGACACUCAGCUCACCGACCCUGAGCUAUCAAAAUAUAUCACUUAUUUUUGA